AUGGAAGUCCCUCAUUCUCCCGAAUCGCCUGAUAGAAAGCGAAGCUUUGAGAGUGGACAGGAAGAAGAUGAUACUCUCGAGCGCAGGAAGCGCCAGGCCAUGGAAGCAGCUACUGAUACUGAAUCAUAUAGUAACUGGGACCUGCAAGCACAGCCAAGCACCACAUCUAUGGAAGAAGAUAUCCGCUCUUCAUCGGGUGACAACAGUCUUGUUGAAACGCCCACUGAUAGCGAUGAUCAUCACCAUAUGAAUGUAUUGAGCUCGUCGAAUACCGAUAAUGAACACUCGCAUGAUGGUAUCCCACAUGAUCACGAUGAAGUGCAUGACGAUGGCCAUUCUGUACAGUCUACUACUUCAACUGGCACCACUACCCAUAACACAAUCAACCACAAUCAUCACAACAGCAGCCAUCACAAUAAUCAUAGUCACUCGCAUAGCAAGCACAACCCCAAAAAUGUUGAAACUGGAAUGUUGCGUGCUCUCGUCAGUACUGCAGAUGCAGGAAUCAUUAUUGGGAAAAAUGGUCGUAAUAUACAUGACAUACGUCAAACUUCAGGUGCUCGAGUCAGUGUAUCUGAACUGGUCGUAACAUCGCCUGAUCGUGCUAUUACUGUCAGUGGUCGUUUGGACGCUGUCGCUAAAGCUUUUGCUUUGAUGGCUACCAAGCUGGCUGCAGCAAAUAGAAAGGGGUAUGAAGUGCAAGACGACGAUGUAUCAUCGCAACCUGUGAAUAUGAGGCUAUUGAUACCUGCUAUACGUAUUGGAGCUCUUAUUGGUACUGGUGGUCGUCAAAUCAAGGCUAUUGAAGAAAAGUCGCAAGCUCGUGUUGGAGUCUCUGAUCCGUGUAUACCUCCUUCCUCAGAACGUGAAGUGGCUGUGGAUGGAGUAGUUGAUGCGAUACAUAUUGCUACAUAUCACAUUGCCGCUGUAUUGGCUGAAUUCCCCAAUGGUGGAUAUGCAACAGGUACAAACUACAACAAUAAUUAUGCCAUGCCAACCCCAUUACGAACACCCCAUCGUGGCAAUCACCACCAUCAUCAUGGCAAUGAUAUAGAAGGUUGUGUUAAUCCCCACUAUGCACAUAUAUCAUAUCCCCAUACCCCAUAUAAUAUGAUACCACAUGAACCCCAACACCAUCAUAUGAGUCGUGGAUACUCUCCCUUCUCGUCAAUGACACCACCACCACCACCAUCCCCAGGAGGAGUCAUGGCACCACCACGACCUAUACCACCACCCUUACAAUUUGCCCCAUAUGCCCCUAAUCAUCAGCAUCCUCAUACUCCCAUGACACCACUUACCCCACUGACACCCAUUCAUCAUCCCAUGUCACACCCCUUGAAUGGCAUGGGAAGUAAUAGCAACCACCAUCUUCACAACAAUAAUAACUACAUGAGUCCCAGUACACCCACGUCACCGUUUGCGUUUGCAUAUCCCACGACCCCAGGUUUCUACUAUCCCGUAUCAGCCCAACACCAGAUUAUAGUACCGUCGGAUUUGAUUGGAUCAGUAAUAGGACGAGGAGGAGCCAAGAUUGCUGAAUUGAGGUUGACUACGGGAUGUGCCAUCAAGGUGUCUGAUCGCCCUAAUGAGAGUGGACAACGAAUGAUUACAGUUACUGGAGCACCUGACGCUGUACAGAAUGCCUUGUAUACAAUCUAUGGGAGGCUUGAUGCUGAAAAGCAAAGGUUGAAUACGAGUCCGGCGGUGGUGGUGUAA